GCAUAUUAUAUUAUAUUAUUUAUACUAUAAUACAUAAACAUAUAUUUGAAAAAGAAAAUGGUUUUUGUUUGUGUGGAUGAUUUUGAAAAGAAGGCACAUAGUGUGCUGGAGAAGAGCGUUUUGGACUAUUAUCGCAGCGGAGCUGGUGAACAAUAUACACUUAAUUUGAAUCGUGAAGUGUUUAGAAGAAUCCGUAUACGCCCGCGUUUUCUGCGUGAUGUCUCCAACAUCGAUACUCGCUGCAAAGUAUUGGGCAUUGAUCUAAAGUGGCCCUUGGGAAUUGCACCCUCAGCUAUGCAAAAAUUAGCGCAUCCGGAAGGCGAGGGUGGCAAUGCGCGUGCAGCCGGAAAUGCCGGUUCUAUUUAUGUACUGAGCACASUGUCCACCAUGUCAAUUGAAGAAGUCGCKKCUGYGGCACCCGAUACCAAUAAAUGGUUUCAACUUUACGUUUAUAGAGAUCGGUCGCUUACCGAACAAAUGGUGCGACGUGCUGAAAAGGCUAAUUUUAAAGCAAUAGUUCUAACUAUCGACGCACCAAUAUUUGGCCAACGUCGUUCGGAUAUUCGUAAUAAAUUCAGCCUGCCGCCACAUCUUCAUCUCGCUAACUUUGAGGGUAUCAAAGCAGAUGGCGUACGUACUGAUGAAGAAGCAAUUUCUGGUAUUAAUGCCUACGUUUCCAGUCAAUUCGAUCCGACACUAACGUGGAAGGAUGUAGCAUGGUUGGUAAACCUWACGCGACURCCUGUAAUCGUUAAGGGCGUACUAACACGUGAAGAUGCCGUUUUGGCGCGUGAAUUCGGCUGUGCYGGCAUAAUUGUAUCUAAUCAUGGUGCUAGACAAAUGGAUACUGUACCAGCUUCAAUUGAAGCACUUCCUGAAGUGGUUAAAGCGGUGGGUAAUGAUCUAAUUGUGAUGUUAGAUGGUGGUAUCACACAGGGGAAUGAUAUUUUCAAAGCAUUAGCUUUAGGUGCUAAAAUGGUUUUUGUCGGCCGCGCCGCACUCUGGGGUUUGACAUGUAAUGGUCAAAAGGGUGUUGAAGACUUGUUAAGUGUUCUUAAGAAAGAUCUUGAAAUUACACUUGCUUUAGCUGGUUGCCAAAAGUUAAGCGAUAUCAGCGGUGAUAUGGUGGCAUAUGAAUCCACUUAUGCCAAAUUGUAGAAAAUAUUUGUAAACAUAUAAUAUUAACUACUGGAAUAAAAAUAGAGAAUAUCUAAAAA